CUCUGACACAGAGUGCUGUCAAAUAGAUAAUUUUACAUGUGAAUUGAGUAAAGAUUCUGUAUUUGAAUUUCUUAUUGAAAAACAAUUAUCACCAAAAAAAAUUGUAAAGUUUAGAGAAAAUUUCGGAAAGGAUGUCAUUUACUUCACGUCUCUGUCGUGUUUUUAAUUCAUCAGCGCAGGUGCAACGUUAUGCAACGCGUAACAUAAUCGGCAGCCCACAGGCAGCAUGGUCGUUGCGCUGGAACAAAAACCUUGGUACAAAUGUCUUUCAAGUUGCACGCUGCAUGAGCUCAGAAUCAACAGCAUCGGCAAAGGUAGAUGAAAAAUCUCGUUUCCACACCAUUAUCCGUCAAACAGAAAAGCCGGUUGGCGAUGCAGAUAAGCAUGAAUUUCAAGCUGAAACACGCAUGCUAUUGGAUAUUGUAGCACGUUCACUAUAUUCAGAGAAUGAAGUGUUUGUGCGAGAAUUAAUUUCCAAUGCUAGUGAUGCGCUGGAGAAAUUCCGCUAUAGUGUACAUACCGCUGGUGAAAAUGAGAAAGAUUUUGCGCAAACAGAUCGACCAUUGGAAAUUCAUAUUGCUACAGAAAAACAAUCGAUGCAAUUAACUAUUCAGGAUACUGGUAUUGGCAUGACACGUGAUGAGCUCAUCAAUAAUCUUGGUAUGAUUGCGCGUAGCGGUUCAAAAAAAUUUCUGGAGCAGGUGAAAGAAGCUGGUGGCGGUACUGAGAAUUCCUCGAAUAUAAUUGGCCAAUUCGGUGUUGGUUUCUAUUCCGCGUUUAUGGUCGCUGAUAAAGUGGAAGUUUUUACGCGUUCAUCUAAAGUGGGGUCACAAGGCUUGCGUUGGGCGUCUGACGGCUCGGGCUCAUAUGAAAUUCAAGAAGCCGAUGGUGUAGCUUAUGGUACAAAAAUUGUUAUACAUUUGAAACCGGAAUGUAGAGAGUAUGCAGAUGAGGAUCGUAUUAGGGCGGUCAUCAAAAAGUAUAGUAACUUUGUUGGCUCACCUAUAUUUUUGAAUGGUCAACGGGCUAAUGAUAUUCAACCACUGUGGCUAAUGGAACCGAAAGAUGUGUCACGAGAACAGCAUAAUGAAUUCUAUAGAUUCAUUGGCAAUACUUUUGACACACCGCGGUUCGUGUUGCAUUACAAGACUGAUGUACCUCUUAGCAUACGUGCUUUGCUGUACUUCCCUGAAGGUAAACCCGGUUUAUUCGAUAUGUCUCGUGAUGCUAAUGUGGGUGUAGCACUUUACACUCGCAAAGUUUUAAUACAGUCCAAAACAGAAAACCUGGUACCCAAAUGGCUACGAUUUAUUAAAGGUGUUGUGGAUUCUGAAGAUAUUCCUCUAAAUUUGAGUCGCGAACUGUUACAAAACAGCGCUUUAAUCAAAAAGCUUUCCAACGUGUUGACAAGUCGUGUUUUGCGAUUCCUGCAGGAACGUGCGAAUAAAGAACCUGAGGAGUAUGCUGCUUUCUAUAAGGAUUAUGGUCUUUUUCUCAAAGAGGGCAUCGUUACUUCAAAUGACCACAACGAAAAAGAAGGCAUUGCCAAACUGUUGCGUUUCGAUUCAUCGAAAAAUUCGGAUGGCAAUCGUAUUUCCCUUUCAGACUAUUGCACAAAUGUAGGCGAACAAAAGGAUAUUUACUAUUUAGCUGCACCAAAUCGCGUACUCGCGGAAUCGUCACCUUACUAUGAAAACUUGAAGAAACGUGGCGUUGAAGUGUUGUUCUGUUACGAACCUUACGAUGAGUUGGUUCUCAUGCAAUUAGGCACAUUCCAAGGUAAAAAAUUAGUAUCUGUUGAGAAGGAGAUGCGUGAAGAUGAUGCAGGCGAAAAGGUAACAGACUAUGGUGAGGGCAGUUUGUUACGCUCACAAAUAGAUGAGCUUCUACCAUGGAUACGCGAGAAACUUAAUGGGAAAGUGGCGAAUGUGAAAGUGACGACACGCCUGGACUCACACCCAUGUGUGAUUACAGUGGAAGAAAUGGCUGCCGCGCGUCAUUUUAUUCGUACACAAAGCCAUCAGUUGCCAGAGGAAAAUCGCUUCGCUUUGCUGCAGCCACAACUAGAAAUAAAUCCCAAACAUGAAAUCAUUAAGAAACUAAAUAAGCUACGCACUAGUGAUCCUGAGCUUGCAGAUUUGGUGACACAACAGUUGUUUGCGAACGCCAUGGUCGGUGCUGGACUUGCUGAGGAUCCGCGAACGUUACUAAUCACAAUGAAUAAACUUUUGACAAAAGCUUUGGAAAAGCAUUAAAUACUUUAUAUGUUAUGCUUGAGAUAGGUUAUCAUUAGCUUUAUUUUUUAAUUUUACAAAAUUUACUUGUUUUCGGUGUGUACAUAGAAAAUUAAAGAGAGAAAUAAAUUACAAAUGAGCCUUUCGCUCACAAACUUAUA